AUGUGCAUCAACCCUACUGCUACCAUCACAAUCAAAGCGGAUCCCAAUGCCAUAUUGGAGCGAAAAGUCCAAGAAUUGAUCACCAAAGCGAGAGAAACCAAAGACGAUGAUCCAGUCUUAAAGGUGGCAUCCAAGCCCAAGCUUUACGAUGGAGCCCUCCGUGCUGGAACUCCCAUCUAUGUUGCUCGUUCUCACAUUCCAGUCUUCCUUCUCGUCGCUGCGUGUACAAGUCUAGUGGCCUGGUCCAUUUACGACACCAAUCUGGCAAUCGUUGCCUGUUGCGUGGCCGGAGCCUUGGUCGGAUACGACAUGCUCAGUGGGUUCCUGCACAUUGUCUUUGACAAUCCAGACAACCUCUACAUUCCCAUUUUGGGACAACCUUGUCUCGAGUUUCAAAUGCACCAUCAUUUCCCAACAGACUUGGUGCAGCGCGACUUUUUGGAUGUCUGUGGCGACCUGAACUUGGUCGGCUUGGUCGUGUCCGUCUUCACGAUCCUUGCGUUUGACCCCAUUAACGAUCCACUCGUUCGUUGCAUGGGUGGACUCAAAAUGCUCAUGGCCUAUUAUGGACAAUUUUCGCACCGUUCGGCUCAUACUCCUUCUACGGUCAAUAACAAGUUCAUCUCGGGCCUUCGAUCCGCUGGACUGAUGAUUCCGUUGGAGAAGCACCGCUCGCACCACCGUCCUCCACAUGACAUGGACUUUUGCUUGGUGGGCGUCUGCAAUCCUCUCAUCAACUUUCUUUACCAUAAGGUCACCCGAAACCGUUUCUUUUGGAUGAUUGGUUUCUUUGCCUAUGGUUUGAUGGGAGUCAAGGUUGAGGCCAUGGUCAUGGAAAAGAUUUUGACUGUCGUUGGCAUGUACUAA